ACAAACACGACGAAUUCAAGAACACAACGCAUAGUAAAUAUUCAAAAUAGAUUUAAGCCAUUUCCAUCAAUUAGUAGCGACUAGUUGUGAUUUAUAUAAAGAUGAAUUUACCGGACGGCAAGCAGUUAGUACGUGAAAGUUCCGGUAAACUUGAAGAGCCACUUUGUAGUAAACGAGAAAUGGGUUUGCACGCGAAACUAGCGUGGAUCGCAUUGUUUUUUUGUCUGAGUUUGAUUGCUUUGGCCCACUGCAUACCGGUUGAAGUCAUCUAUACCGGUGAAGGUUGUGAUUGUCCAUCAAAAUUGGACUUUUCCGUAAAUGUGCCGAGGGUGUCGAAACCGAAGAAGUAUCACACACCUUAUGCAUACGGUUAUAAAGUGGAAGUACCGCGUCAGACAGAGGCAAAAGUUUCGUACAGUUUUGAUUUCUCGGUAGAAGAGCCACGCGCACCGAAACCUACUAAGCCAUCCCAAUUGAAUUUAUACGCCAAGGUUGAUCGUGUGGCGAUCAAUAAGGGCGAUUGUGAAGAUAGCUAUGCCGCACCAUCUGCGCCGUCCACCUGCCGUUGCGGACAAUGCGGCAUCUCCAAGCCGUCUUAUAGGUACGUAUUUAAUGAUAUGGCCACUCCAUCACUACCCUGCAAAUGUCGGCGACCGAACUGCAAAUGCAAUCUGUGUCGCGCGCAAACAGCACAAUUGUCGCCAAAUGCGAUUUUUAUGGGUAAAACAUUUAGUGAUAUGAUGUCAGAGCCAAUGCCCUUAGCAAAUGGUGGUGGUGAAGGAGAUGACGGAUACGUCAAUAGCGGCAGUGGCGGUGCGGAGGUUAGCGCUGUUAAUAAACGAUGUAAACGCGAUUUACAUCGCACCCUCUUUGGACCACGCAAAAAUACCAAGGAGCGACCGAGUCGUUUUGUAAAAUUAUAUCACAAGAAUUUGUCCGAAAAACCACGCCGUUUGUUCGACUUUGAGGAUCUGAGCAACAAACAACAACGCCGUCAACGGCAAAGCACACAGAAGAAGCCGAAGCGUAAAGCGAAGAAGACACGAUAUACACAUCAACGCUCACGUCUUGUGAAGCGGGAUAUCAAGGGUGAGUACGAACUGCUAGAAAAGGAACGUGAGCAGAUGGAUCUGACAUUGCCUGAAAUUAUACAAUUCAUGCCCGAAACAUUGCAGCCCGAUUUUAAGAGGGGUCAAUGUUACUUCGGUUGUGCUACACAACACUCGCAUCAGCCAAAGUCAGCCGAAAUCAACCCGAGCACCAACACCAACACAGACAGUAAUCCAAACAGCUCCACGGAAUACAGCAUGCUAAGUCAUGAAAUGAACACAGAUCACCCGGCCGUUACUAUUACAUAUACCGAUACCAAUAGCAACAAAGGAGACAGUAUCGACAUGGACAUAGACUCGAAUGGAGACACAAAUACGGAAAAUACACACCUCAAACAGUAUGAGAAGGAGAAGCUGAUUCAAAAGAGCCCUCUUAAAGAAACCAAUGACUCUACACCAGAAAAUUCCAUUGGCUCUUCAUACAAAAAACGCAAUGCAGCUAACUAUUACACCGGUAGGUCAACGCCAACGUCUGAGUCAGCUUACCCCGAAUGUGAAAUAUGCUUGUCCGCAUUACUAAAGAAAAGAGCUUAUCGUGCACAUUCGCAAACAACGCCACCGAUUUACACUAACCCAAAUUAUAAGCCGCCACAACAGUCAUACCAAAAAACUGCCAAUUCAGCAGCGCCGCAACAUUCGAAAACGGCGCUAAAAACACCAGUAACAGCACUACCUUACCUUAACGAUCACUUGGGUCGUAAGUACUUAGAAAAUAAUGGUGAAUUGGAUGCAAAGACCACUAUAAUAUCGAUGCCAGAUGCACUGGAUCAUAAUGCUGCACCACUACGCUAUGCUGGCGACUUAGAAGCACCAUCACAGAUCUACCGCAGUCAACCUUAUGGUGAACCGCAUUCAACCCACGCUCAUAACUAUCCAACGCAACAUAUUACUGACGAACAGUUAGAUAAGAUGAUUGCUGAUAUUGUAUACAGACAUCCGGAAUUUAUUGAUGCUACAAAACACUAUGGUGGCUCGUUAGUAGAUCCGGAGCCCUUGCAAGAGCAAGAAACAAUAUCAUUUCUUAAGAAACUUAUCGAUGGCCGACUGAGCUUGUGGUUUGGCCAAGAGAAUGCGUAUAAUCCACAGCAAUAUAGUCCAAGCUACAACAGUGAUUUGCAUGAUUACGCUAUACCGCAGCUGCACGACCUCCUACCGCCGCUGUUCUAAUCUCCAAAUACCAUAAUAAGUUCUUAACAAUUUGGUUUAACAAAUUUUUCGAAAACUUCUCAAAAUAUAUCUGUAAUUUCGAAACUAUAGUCGUAGUUGUAAAAAUGUAUAAAGAGCUGCAAAACUAGUUUUAAUAAAUUAUACACAGUAAUGUUACUAUUAAGCUAAAAUACUUUAAGUCUUCACUUAAGCAUUUCAUUGUUUUCUUGUUCUCUUUCUUGUAGCUAUGAACAAGCUGGUUACUGAUUUCGCGAUUAGCUAAAGUACGCACCGUGCGUAGAUCUUUUAUAAUUCUGCACACACAAAUAUUUGUGCAAAAUUUCAAACAAUAAAACAUUUUUAUAAUUAACCAACUUUA